CCCGGAAAAACACGCUGACUGCAGCAUAUCAGGGGGGAGAACGGUCGAUGUGUAUGUUUCACCGAAGAGAAAUGGGUUUGAACAGGGACCACAACAAAAGGACAGCUCGAACUAAUGGUUCAGAAUCUGCAGUUGACCCACCAGUUUUGCGCAUUAGCCAGCUGGACGCCCUGGAGCUGGACUCGGCUCUUGAGCAACUGCUGUGGACCCAGUUCACUCAGUGUUUCCAGAACUGCCGCCCAGGGUUGCUCACCCCGGUGGAGCCUGAACUGAAAGUUUUACUUUAUCUGCUGCUCUGGAGGUUUACUCUUUAUUCUAGCAAUGCCACAAUAGGUCAAUCUCUACUGAGCCUGCGCUAUCAAAGCACAUCUUCAUCAUCUCCCCACUACAGACCGCUGUUCCCUCGUCAGAAGUUUUGUCUUGCCAUACUUACUGCAGGCCCCCGUUGGCUGCAGGAGCGUUCCUACCGUCUCCUGCCAUGUUUAGCUUUGAGUCCAAGAGGGGCUGUUUCGGAAUCAGACGGUGGCUUGCUGCAACAAAGUCUCCGUAAAGCCCUGACUCUUGUUUCUGGUCUGGCUAAGUUCGCUACCUUUGUCAACUUCCUAGUUUUCCUAAGGAGUGGCCGUCACCCUGUCCUACCUGAAAGAAUUGCGGGAGCUCAGGCUGUGUUCAGUAAACCUAAUGUGGUUCGAGAUGUAACUUACCAGUACAUGAACCGGGAACUACUGUGGCACGGCUUUGCCGAGUUCCUCAUCUUCUUGUUGCCGCUGGUAAAUUUAAGGAAACUGAAAGCGGCGGUGUUAUUGCAUGUGCUUGGAAGAAAAGAUUCCGAGGAAGAAGGCACAAGAGAGGGAAAAGACGUGUGGAAAAACUGUGGACUAUGUGGAGAAUGGCCAACAAUGCCUCAUACAGUGGGAUGCCAGCAUGUUUUCUGCUACUACUGCAUUAAAAGCCACAGCAUUGCCGACGCUUACCUCACAUGUCCGAAAUGUGGGGCAGAAGCAGGGACGCCCAAUGUGGUGAAGAUGGACAUGCGGGUUGUGGGCAGGUGAUGGUUCCAUCCUGCUGAGAGAAAACUGCUAGAAACUCGAUCUGAGUGAAAGGGAUAGUUGAGGAUUAUUUAAGCGGAGAUUUGAUAAACUGUAAGAAGCAAGUAGUAUUUUACCUUUAGCAAAUAACUGUGUUUUUUUUUGUUUUGUUUUUUUUAACAUGAAUCCUGAUCAGUAAGAUGAAGCUAACAGACAUGACCAAAUCAGACUUUUAUCAGCUUAAAGCGACUUGAGUCUCAGAAACAUCUCAACUGUUUUUGCCAAAAUUUUCAAAACCCUUAAAAUUUAUGUUAGUUAGCAUUGGGCAGUCGUAUCUAGAGAAGCCAGUGAUUAAACUUGAUUGACUUAUUCAUUGAUUAUUUACACAGAAAACAGACUUAGGAAGUUGUGUGCCACCAGUGAUAUUAAGGUGGUAUACAAAAGUAGAAACACCCUUUAAUUGUUUUUUUCGUUUGUUUGUUUGUUUGUUUUGUUUUUUCCCAUGCUGUUUUUUUAUAUCUGUUUCUCUGACUGGAAAAACUUUACGUUUUGGUUCUUAGUAUGAGUUUCAUAUAUGAGGAAUAUUUCUGGUACCUCUAUUUCCUAUCUCCUUGAUAGAGAUGUUAAUUUCUGAAGAAAUUGUGUUUAUCUGUUCCCAGUAUUUGCUUUUUUUUUUUUUUUUUCCUUCUAAAUAUUUAGUCAUGUAUGACUUUAUGACGCGAGGACUUUUCCUUACUGUCUUUUCUAAGCACACAGUUGUCUAUGUUUAAUGUAUGUGUGCAUAUAUCGACAGUCUUCUGUGCCCUCUGUUUCUCUGGCUGGACUUUGGAUGGAAUUAUUUGUCUUUGGUGCACUGGACAGACUACAGAGCACCACACGGGGCAUAUAUUUGAUGAGUGAAUGUGUUGAUUUAUGCUCCAAAUUGGCUCUGUGAUGGGGCGCGUGGAUGUGUGUGUAUGUGUGUGUUUGUUGAAAUGGGAAUAUUUGUUCUGAUGAAAAAUGCAGAAAGUCAGCUGAAUAAAUAAUGGGAGGAAUUUCUGAUGCCUCUCAUCAUGGCCAAAUUAGCAUUUGUUGUGUAUUUUGUGCCUAAAUUGUAUUUCAACAUCAUUAAAAUUGAUAGAGUGCUACCUCUUGGGUGUUUAUUUAGUUAAGUGGAGGAGUGAGAGAGAGCGCGAGAUGAGGGAAAGUUAUAACAAUCAGUACACUUCUCUCUAGACAGGCCUGGUCGUUCUAACUCCCAUUAUCCGUUUUCACAGCACCCCAACAUGCUCAAGAUCAAGGGGGCAGCCAGGGGCUUGGAUUGACUCACACACACUUGACAGCCAUCCUCUCUUUUCCCUUGGCCUUUCUCUCUUUUGCUGCCUUUCCGUCUCUCUCCCUCUGUAAUCUCAAGGGCCCUCGCUCCUAUAAGACUGUAGUAAACUGUACCAAAACCCUGGCAGUCGUCUGCUUCCUCGCAGGCGAAUUACUCUCUAAUCCCUGUAAUGAGUCCAAAGAUGCUUAUUUAUGCUGGAGUUAACCUCCACCAGUGAGCCCAGCCCCAGGCCAAACUCACCCCAGCUGAGUGAAGCCUUUCCUGGGCUGACAAGAGAGGAGUGGGAUGGAGGGGGGGGGGGUUGUGAUGGUUGCUAUCCACCUCCUCUUCCCACUCUUUCUUUUUCCCUUCUCUGAUCACCAGUGCUUAAUUUCUGAUUGCCAAGACAAUCAAUUGUAACUGCAGGCGUAACGGAGAACCUAUUGCAGAGGGAAACGGCCUCAGUUCUACCGGCACAAACACAUGAAUCUGCGCUCAGAUGAGACUUUUGCUGGGCUUAAGAGAAUAAAGCAUGCAAUAUCUCUACUUAUGAGGUUCGCGAGGGCCCUGAAGAACAUCGGGUUGCUGCAUUGGUUUGAUCUUGUGUUAAAUUAUUUAUGUGAUACUGACCAAUGGCUUCUUUCUUUGUCCUAGAACUUCUCCUAGUCUCUGUGGCAGAUGUCCUUUGUGGUAAUGUAAGGUAAUCCAACAUGAAUCAAUUGUACGGUUUAAACCUCCUAUAGAAGCAUUGACGUCUUGUGAUGGAUUAAAAGAAAACUUGAAACCU